UGCAUGUCAUCUAUGGAAAGGCACCCUGGAAAGUGCUGCCGUAGCAGUGAGAUUAAGGCUCUUCCUACACCUGUGUGGAAUGCCAGCCUUCCCAGGUGUCUAAUUAUGUCUAGCAAUCUGGGACAGUUUCCAUGGGACUUGCUGGAAGACCUUGAGGUUGCCCAGGGUCCGUUUCUGCCCCGGGACUCUAGGAUGACACGUCCGUGACAAACCAAGUUACCGAUGAAGGAGCAAGGUCCAGGCUUAUUGCAAAGAGGAGCUGAGAAAUGAAGAGCUUUUCAAAGGAGGAGCUUUUUAAUGAGAAGCAAUUUAUUUGGCAUUGGAGACAGAUAUUAAUGGUAGCAAUAUAACUCUUACCAGCUGUGAGCAAGAUAUCUCCAACCUCAUCACAUACAUUAUUUCAUUAAACCUGCUAAAGCUCUGAGAGCAGGGGGAAUCAUCCGUCACCUAAAAAGGAUGAAGCAAGUGGCAGGCAAAGGGAAUGAUGUUUAAGACAUUAGACCACAAGCUUUGACAUCCUUUACCUAACACUGCACUGGCAUAAUGCUCUUACUCAAGAGUGUUUGUUGAACGAAUGAAUAAAGCCUUUUACCAAUAAACCAAAACCGCAGGGCUUAUUUGCCUCCGGAGGAGAGGAAAGGGACACAGCAGUUCAUGGGACAGGGAAGGAAGAGUGGGAAAUUACCGUCAAGCAGAAAUGGAGUGUAAAAGCCCUUUGGUGUUCAGAGGAGAGAAGGACGGGCAAAAAGUUACAAGGAGAAAGCCACCUGUAGUUGGAGAAAAUGAGGCCAGCGUGGAAAGAGUGGAGCUAAGUCACGGCAAAUGAGUCAGUUCUGAUCUUGUUAAGCUCUGGUCUCCAGCCAGACCUGAAGCAAAGCUACACCUGGACUUUUCAGAUAUAACUUUUCCGCUUCCCAACUUGUCUGAGCCUGCCCGCCUGCCCAUCCUCGCUGCAGUCUGAGAAUAGCUCACAGUGUCCUCCGCCUUCCUGUGGCCCCUCCACGCGGGAAGGGAGAUGUCAGAGAGUUUGUGGGCAGCCUUGCCUGAAGGCAUGGACUUGGCUUUGAUCUGAAAUGUUUACUGAACCGUUCCAGGGCUCACUCCACAAGCAGGAGGGUGUGCAUCUGUUUCCUGGCAGUGGGAGACCCAUCUUUGACCUUCACAUCAUUUUCCCAACUCAGCUGUGAGCCUGGAGACUGAUCUGGCAGCCAGCAGACCUCUUUCCAGUUCCACUGGCUGCCCAGUUACUGAAGUGAGAAGCUCAUUCUGGGAGAAGGAGCUGCCAUUUUGAGAGCAGCCCUAUGCAGAGGCCCAUGUGGUGAGGAACUGAAGUCUCUGGCUGACAGCCAGAAAGGAACUGAGGCUUGCCAACAAUCACAUGGAUGAGUUUGGAAGCAGAUCCUUCAGCCUCUGGAGAGUCCUGAGAUGACUUUAACUCCAGUUGACAGCUUGACUGCAACCUCCCCAGAAACUGUUAAGCCAGAACCUCUAGCUAAGCCACUCCCAGGCUCCUAACCCACAGAAAACUGUAAGAUACUUCAGGCUGGGAUAUCCAAUUGUCUCACUUACCAGUCAUGAAGAGAUGGCUCAGAAUAUGCCUGAAUCACUUAUCAUCAGUCCCCAGAAAUAAGAUAGGAGUUGGAUCAGCAUCUUCAGAUUCUCCAUCCUCCACUGGGGAAGGCAAGAUUAAUGAAUCAGUGAUCAACAGAUGAGUGGUCCCGCGGAUGGGGACUGGUGAGGGCUGGGAAGUAGAAAGAGCCCUGGGCUGCGAGACUGGGGUUGCUGAAGGGAAGAAAGGUCCCUGUGUCUUUCACUUUUGCCCUGUCUUAGAAGAAACUAAAUAAAGGUGCAUUACUGAAUGCAUUCAACCAGCCUCAAGCUCCAGGGAGUUCUGCGGGUCCCGGACCUUGGCCAAUCGCACGGGGCUGGGUCGCCAUGGCGACGGGCACGCUAACACAGGCACUGGCCCGCGGAAGCCUGUUCGCCGGAGCGCUGGGGACGAUGGCGCGGAACCUAUACGGUCCACGAGUCCGGAUGGGCAACUGGAACGAGGACGUCUACCUGGAGGAGGAGCUCAUGAAAGACUUCUUAGCAAAGAGGGAUAAGGGACAACUUCUCAUACAGAGAAACAGAAGACUAAAAGAGAACCUUUUGAGACAGAUGCAGCUUUCUGUAUCUGAAGAUGGAUACGUUCACUAUGGCGACAAAGUGAUGCUUGUGAAUCCCGACCAUCCUGAGACAGAAGCUCAUCUGUUACUGGGCGGAGACCUGAGCCUGUGUAUGACCCCAGAUGAAAUGCAAGCCCAUCUGAGUGACGACUUAGAGGUGCCCUGCGGCCUGAGCGCAUCUCAAACCAAGAUCCCGGUUGGCAGAAACACUUUUACCAUUUUGUGUGCAGCUGGAGAGGUCAUCGGUCAAGUCCUCAGAUACGGGCAGAACUUUCGCCUCGGGAUAGCAGGAGGAUUUGAAGGCAGAAUGUUAUAUUUAUCAAGUGACCACAGGACCCUGAUGAGGUCAUCGAAGAGGUCUUGGCUUCAGGAAGUGUACCUGACAGAUGAGGACUCCUACCUGAACUGCUGGCAGGCUGCCUUCCCCGACCCCCAGCUACGCCUGGAAUAUGAGGGCUUCCCCAUUCCGGCAAAUGCAAAAAUUCUCAUCAAUCACUGCCACACGAAUCGGGGGCUGGUGGCCCACCGGCAUCUUUUCUUAAGAACCUAUUUUGGAAAGGAAGCAGAGGUCGCCGCUCACACAUACCUGGAUUCACACAGAGUCGAAAAGCCGAAGAACCACUGGAUGUUGGUAACUGGGAAUCCCAGGAAGGACUCUUCCACCAUGUUGGACCUCCCCGAACCGCCGGCAGAGGACACGCGGGCCCUGGAGCAGGUGGCGGGCCCGGGGGCGCAGUAACACACCCGUUGCGCAUGCGUGCUCUCAUCCAAGGCAGCUUUAUUAGUAAUUCGACUGUCGUGGUCGUGCCUCAAGCUAUUUUUCAGGAACUCUCUGAACAUUAUUUUAAAACAAAGGCUAUAUUAAGAUUACUAAAUUAAUGGUGGAAGCCUAGGACGCAGGGAAAGAAACAAAACCCAAACCUCUCCGCAGGUAAUAGCUCAGAAAUGGUAUUUUGACGGUGACAGAUGAUAUUCCUUUGUAAAUGGCCAGAUUCUGAAGACUCAGCUUCCUUUAUUUAGAUCCUAUGUAGCAGCAGCUUCGACAAGGGCUAUGUGUUACUUUUUAAAGCUGUGUCUAUGUAAUAAAGCUAUCGGAACUUUACUGAAUUUUUGGCACCACCCUCUGUCCGCGUCCCCCCCCCCCCGCAAUGUACCAGGAAAUAAACUGCGUUGCUGUGGCCUGUGGCCUGUGGCCUUACCUUAGAGUUCUUUCCUUCGAGUUCUUUCCUUCUUGUAUUUUUGUUUCUUCCUCUGGCUUGGGGUGGGGGGUGGAAGGCGGGAGUCAAGACCUCUACUUGACCAGUCUAUUAUUUCGUAAUGCUUUUCAAAUUGCAGAAUCUUCUUACUUCUACCUUAUCUUUGAAACCACCACAUUAGUUGCAGCAUUCGCAUGAUCAGAAAGUUCCUGAUAAAAUAAAUACCUAUCUUUCCAUGUG